AGACACACAGUCACAAAUUCGUAUCUAGGGGAGUAUGUAGUUGAUAUACAGACCGCAAUGCAACAUCAACGGAAAAAGAAGGUAUAAUAUAGAGCUAUGUUUUUAAAAAUAAAAUAAAAAAUGUAUGUCUAUAACGAACAUUUUAGAGUUUGUUGUACAAAGCUUUAAAAAACAGUUUUGUCAAGUUAAAUACCAGUGAUGAUCACACCAGAAUGCUUCUAGAAUUGUAAGAAUCAAGGCAGCGACAAAGUACAAGCAAUGUUAACGGUCAAUUAUGCUUGGGGCGUAAAUCAAAAUGCAGAAUAAACGCGCUCUUUGUAUGGGGAAUGACUGCAGAGUGUGCUUAAAUGCAAAAGACCUUAGUUUUGAUUUAGGAGGCUUUGUAACCUGAAUUAGUUGAUGAAUUUUCUAUCGAUCCUAAACAAGCCCAGAUUUAUCUCUGACACGCAGAUCACGCCACCUCCAUUCUAUCACCAUUAUUAGCAAGUGCAUUUAAAAGCUUCGUCAGAGGGAGCGGUUUGCCCUUUCACUUGGUAUUGCUUUUCAUGAGUAUUGCCCAGAAAAAGGAGUAUUCAAGUUCGGAACAUCUGAACCACAUUUUGGAGAGGAGUGUGUAUGUUCUCAUUAAACUGAGGUACUCAAGACGAAAGAGAGAGGGAGUCGCUUAGUCUCGGAGGUCUGUGCUUAUGUGAAAGUCCAGGGUGGCUUUAUCGGCAUGUCAGUUUACGUUAAUGUGUGUUUUGUUUCAACUGCCAUUUUGUUAAUCUCAAACCAACGCAUUAAAAUAUGAAACGUGGUUAUAUUGUCCCAAACUGUGCGCCGAUAAUGAACACAGUCUAAAAUCCUUUUUCUCGUUUCCUAAUCCGGGAAUUGGAAGGAUGCACGCCAUUGGCUACUGCUGUCACGUGGACUCUUAACUUUGUUCACUUGACAGAAAGUAGGAGGGUUUUACGAAACAGGAAAACGAGUAAAGGGAUAGAUAUAAAUUUUAGUAUAUUUUCUGUGCAAUUCAAAGAAAUUAAUGGCCAUGAGUUCCUAUUUGAUCAACUCCAACUAUGUGGACCCCAAGUUUCCACCGUGCGAGGAGUACUCUCAAAGCGACUACCUACCCAGUCACUCCCCGGACUACUAUAGCGCCCAGAGGCAAGAAACAUCGUUCCAGCAUGAGUCGAUCUACCAUCAGCGGUCGGGCUGCGGCGAUCCACCCUACUCGUCGUGCCAGGGUCCAGGGCAGCCCGCUGUGGUGAUGUCUCCUCGGGGUCACGUACUAAACUCAGCUGCACUCUCGACCCCUCUCCCAGAACCUAGCCACCAUUGCGACUCGGUAACUCCGAGCCCACCGCCUGCUUGCGGUCAGACCCCCAUUAACCAGAGCACUCCUUCGGCCACUUCUCGAAAGGAUCCCGUGGUGUACCCCUGGAUGAAAAAAGUCCACGUAAAUAUCGUGAGCCCGAACUAUUCGGGGGGAGAACCCAAGCGCUCACGCACAGCUUACACGCGACAGCAAGUUCUUGAGCUGGAGAAAGAGUUCCACUACAACCGCUAUCUUACUCGCCGGCGCAGGGUGGAAAUCGCCCACACCCUUUGCCUCUCCGAACGACAGAUAAAGAUCUGGUUUCAAAACCGGCGAAUGAAGUGGAAGAAAGACCAUAAGCUGCCCAACACGAAGAUCCGCUCCAGCAAUUCGGCCAACUCGACAUUAAACGGUGGCCCCUUGUGCAGUAAUCAGAACCGUGCUAGCGCACCUCCACAGACUCUAUAGCUUCCUUGCGCUCAUUUGAAAGACGCUCAUUUUAAGACCUCAGUUUUAGCAGUGAGGCUCUAGAAAUGCUCAACCUCGUCGCUUAUAAACUACAUGGAUAUUACAUGAAGUGGGGUAAUGAUAGGGUGCACAGUGAAAUUUCAAACACAAAUGGAGUGAAGACUCGAACUCAAACACUUCUACAUUUGUGCUGACUCCCAGUUCAGUUUAAUCCUGUGCCCUUGGUUCCUGCUCUCUCGACCUCUCCAUAACAACAGAAGGCAGCAGACAGUUUUCAGAUUUGGUGAAGAUGGAUCCCUGCUUCAUCUUUAAUCAUGCCAAACUCGGUCCCAUUUGUCAUGUUUACUCUGUGGCACAAAGGAUGAACCGUAGGCCUGCCCAUUACCUCGACGUCUAGAAUUGUGCCUAAUAAAUGAGUCUCCUUGUUUUGUCAAGAGCCAUUUUCAAAACCCCCUUUCUUUGCUGGCUUGUAGCCUACAAAAGUAGCUGAACAUUGCUCUCUUAAUAUGAAGCUCCUCUUUUAUCUCUAACGUUACUCUCACAUUUAAUAUUUUGUUUUGCCAGUGGGGCUGAUUGAAAUUGUGUGAGGUCUAAAUGUUCUUACUUGGACUUACUAGAACCUUACAGGUCACGUAUCUGUGUUUAAUUAUUUAGCGCAUUUCAAAUUGAGAACAGGGAAAUCAUGCGGUGUGUACGAAAAUAUCUGAUUUAGAUAUUAUUCAUAUUCAGAUGACAGUAAGAAAUGUUGAAUCAAACCGGGCAUAUAGAUAACCAAAACAAUACAAUGCAAAACUAUUUAAAAUGAGCACUGCUAAUAAUAUUCGAAUUACCUCAGUUGAUAUUUUUUAAUGUUUUUGUUGUCUAGUUUUAUGAAGUGAUAAAUUUGAAGUCAUUUGAUCAGAAUGCUAUUUUCUGCAAAAAUAUCAGCAUUUAUUUGUACGUUGCAAUGUAAUUUAAAUAUUCUUGUCGCCAGGGCUAUGUAGAGAAAUGCGUAUAUUGCAUGAAUGAAUGAGAUACUCUAUUUUCGUUUUUCCCCCUAUUACCUCGUCUUUAAGUUUCUGUUUUAUUCUACGUCAAAUAAACAAAUGCACGUAUGUCAUCUUUCUUUCUUUCUUUCUUUCUUUCUUUCUUUCUUUCUUUCUUUCUUUCUUUCUUUCUUUCUUUCUUUCUUUCUUUCUAAUGUGUUUAUAUUUUAUCGUGUAUAAGAAUAUUUCUGACAUUCCAAAGAUCAGUCUUCCUGGUGAUGAUUUAUUUUUCUUUUUUUUCACAUUUCUAUGUCUCCUUCUUCUGCGUAGGCCUUUCACUGUUCACCUUUGUUAUUUGUAAAUAGCUAUAGAAAUUUAAUAAAUAAAAAUAAUAAUCACUGUAUUUCUUCUCGUGUCCUGUACUCUUGUGGAGUUAUAGUUAAUGUGCUACGUGGAGGCGGUGAUUGUCAUUAAUCGUGAUAUUAACUGAUAAAUCACAAACAUUUUUCAUUGAAUGUGGGUCAAUUACGUCCAAUAUUUGUAAAACAAUUGGUAGUAUCCUGCCCUAAAAAUGACUGUGUAAUUUAUACCUUCUGUCUCCGAAUAAUCCUAGUACAUUAGGCAUUGUUAUCUAGUUCUAAAUCACAAAACACGUCCCUUCAGUUUUCUCGUUAAUGUUGCACACCCUUCUGCUCCUCGAAGCAGAACAGGACCACUCAAAUGUGCUACUCCGUUCGUGGGUUUUUUAAGGAUUUAAUGAGUAUAAUUUUUGCACAGAGGUGUUGGGUGUUUUGCCAGAGCAAGCUGUGUUUUUAUUGCAAAGCAGCGGGCCAGUGCCAUAGCUCAAACGCUGACAACCAAAUAGAUAAUCAAGAAGACAAAUGGCUUCUUUAGGAUUGCACAGCCUUAGUAUUAAUUUUCAUUUUCUUUUCUUACAGAAGGUAUCGAAAAUAUAGAGCCGGAGAAAAUAGCAUUCCGUUUGCCGGUGUUGAACAAAGUGUGGUCUUAAAUUGGCCUGCUAGCAUUCCGUGCCAUCCAGAAAAUUUUCUAUUACUUGCCUGUUGACAUCAGCGUGUCUUCUCAACACAUAUCCCGCUUUCAGCCAUUUGUCUGUUUUUCACCCUUUAUUUGCGAAAUGCUGUCUUUGAAUCACCAAGGCCAUAAAUUUCAGUCUGCACAAAUGUUAGCAGCCAAUGAAAAGCACAACGUAUAUUUACUAUACACAAUAUGCGCCGGUUAUUUAGGUAUCAACGUAAUAAAAGGGGUAUUCUGUUAUUAUUACUUUUUGCUUUUGCUAAAAAAAAUACCACUGAAUAAAAAAAAUGAAUGAAUAUCAAGUCUAACCUUAGCUAAAAAAUGUAUCGUCAUCUAGAUAAAACGAUCAACAUAUGCGAAGUCUACUUCACCAUAUAAUCAAGUCUCCAUAUAGAUAAAAUAUCAUAUCACCAUGUAAGUUUUAAAUAUCAUAUCAUAAAUAUAUAAAGCUGAAAUUCGACAUAGUCUGCGAAUGGCUUUUAUAACAUUUCCCAAUAGAAAACUCUGCUUAGAAAUGAAUAUAUUCGUGUGUGGUAUCUAAUAUAAUGUCACCUUGGAAUUCUAUUCUCGUGCGAGAGUCUGCCAUAUUUCAGAGAAAGGGCCUCGGCCACGGAGUUCUGAAUAGGGUGAGCAGAUUUCUUUUAAGGGUUUCAAAAGUUCAUCGCCAUUAUUUGUAGACAGAUGCCCGAAGAAAAAUGUGAGAAUUAUACAAAAAAAUCAUUAAUCACAGCUUCUCUUUAAACAAGUCCUCUCUCUAUUG